AGUGUGCGAUUGUCACCUGUAACUACUGUGUUUCAUUUCGUGUGCAUUCGCAUGUGGGUACUGAUGUCUUCUGCUGGUUACAGUUUAUUAAAAGCGAUGGCAAAGUGAUUAGCCGAAUCUGGAAGUUCCUGAAGACCUUUUGUAAGCGGUUCCUGAUCUGUGCAAGAACAUUUCAUUAGUAGCGCGGUGUUGGAGUCAGUUUGUUUCCACUAUAAGUAGGCAGCCAGGUAAAAAAAGUAGAGAUGACUGACGACGUAUCAGAUGAUUCUAGCGACUUGGAUUCUGGAGUCCCAGCACACACAAUCAAAUAUUUUCCUCGUAGCGGUCGUCAGAAAGGGCCGAGUAAUUUGGCCCUCAAACGCGCAAACCUUAUGUUCACGAUGGAAAAUGAACGCUACCGCACUAAGUGCCGUAAGCUUGAGCGCUUUAUGAAGGACUUGGUAAUAGAGAGUGCAGCGCUGUGUGACCAAGUGGCACGCGUACAAGAGUCUAUCUUUGUGGCCAAAGAAGAGCGACGUUUCCUGUUAAAGAAGUUCCUCCAGUAUCGCCAGCAACGUGAUGGACCAGUUGAAACAGUGCGACCUACACUCGUCAGCGCACCGGCGCAGAGUCGCUGUUCGACGCCACCGUCCACGGCAACACAUGGGGCUAUUUCGGACAGCAUCGACAAGCCGCCAGCAAAGUCUUCAAAAAAGGUCCUUAAGCGCCGUAACACUAAGGAGGGGAUUGCUGAGGAAGCACCAAGAGCUAAACGGAGAAAGCCAGCAGGAGCGGACAAGCGUCUUGUAGCACCUAUUCCUCUGGACUCAUGUGGUCGACCCUUGUUUCCCAUUGUGCUGCCCGGUUGCAAAGUACAUAGCCUUGGGGAGAUUGUCACUGAUCGAGCUGGAUUCCACUGUCAGGAGAGCCUGUACCCUGUUGGCUACUGCAGCUCCCGCAUUUAUGCGAGUGUUCUGAAUGCCAAUCACGCCUGCAUCUACACAUGCACCAUUCUGGAUGCUGGCACUGGACCUCGGUUCGAAAUUGUUGCAGAGGAUGCACCUGAGCGACCUUUUGUGGGCAGCAGUCCAGAUGAAUGCUAUGUUGCUCUUCUACGAGCAGUGAAUCGAACGUGUGGGGCAGAGGUAAUUGUGCCUGCAGCACGAGGUGCAGAUUUUUUUGCUUUGCCUCAUCCAACCAUUCAGAAUUUGGUCCAGAGUUGUCCUGGUGCACGCAAGUGCCCCAAUUACAGAUGGGUGCGUUUUGAGGUGUCACGCAGUGCGACUGAUGAAACUGAGCGGCUUGACAGUGACCCCUACUUGAGCUACGCAGCCUUUCGGCAACUGUGUCUUCAGCCACGACUAGCUGCCAUAGCUGCGGCAUCUGAGCCCAGCCUGCCUGGAGGAGUGACCAUCAAACAGGAACCAUUGGACACUGUGUAGGCACAUCAAAAACAAAUGGUUCUCAUGUGAGGUAGCUUGAUCAGGGGUGGAAUCAAGAGCACAUGCUCACCAGUGGAAGCCGAAUGCCAGGACCACAUCAGGACGAGGACUGCAGAUGUUGAGCUUGAUGUUAUUUAUAUUACUGGCAAAUAAAAUAUUCUCUGGCACUGAUGCCAGCUACAUUGUG